GGGAAGUGAGGCAGCACCAUUAUCCCUCUUAUCGUUCAGCAGAAGCACAGGCAUGCUGUUUCCCAUUUGCUGACCGUCCAAAAGAAAACGAGUGAAGAUUAAACAGGACGGUAACCGGAAAACUUUCGGUGCAGCGAAGUUCAUUUGAGGUCACGACGAGAGAGAGAAAAUGUCCCGCGGUUCAAACGCAGGUUUCGACCGACACAUCACCAUAUUUUCACCGGAGGGCCGCCUCUACCAAGUCGAGUAUGCCUUCAAAGCGAUCUCCCAGAGUGGGUUGACAUCUGUUGGCAUCCGGGGGACAGACAGCGUUGUGGUGGUCACACAAAAGAAAGUACCUGACAAGCUGCUGGACUCUUCAACUUUGACCAACAUGUUCAAACUAACUCCUCGCAUUGGCUGUGUGAUGACUGGGCACAAUGCGGACAGUCGUUCCCAGGUUCACCGGGCUCGGGUGGAAGCAGGGGAAUGGAAGUAUAAGUUCGGUUAUGACAUCAAUGCAGACGUGUUGUGUCGCAGGUUGGCUGAUAUCUCCCAGGUCUACACACAAAACGCCGAAAUGAGGCCUCUGGGCUGCUGUAUGAUCCUUGCGGCUAUGGACCCUCAGCAGGGUCCAGUUCUGUAUAAAUGUGACCCAGCAGGCUACUACUGUGGCUUCAGAGCCACUGCGGUUGGGGCCAAACAAACAGAGGCCAAUACUUACCUGGAGAAGAAACUGAAGAAAAAGCCUGAACUGACCCACGACAGGACGGUGCAGCUGGCUAUAUCAUGUCUGUCCUCUGUCCUGUCCACGGAUUUCAAGGCUAAUGAGCUAGAGGUCGGUGUGGUCACUAAGGAAAAGCCCAAGUUCAGGACGCUGUCAGAGGCGGAGGUAGAAGCCCACCUGGUUGCGAUAGCAGAACGAGAGUAGGGGAGCCCUCACAAUCUUCAGACCACAAUUCAUCAUAGUAAUUCAUUUCAGUGUGUCUGCUAGCAACAGUCUGAAGCUAAGUACACAGCCUUUGUGUCCAGAGACGUUAAUGCACACCUUAAGCAAACUCUGUUAUUAUGGAUCGAUACAGGUUUGAUUUGUAGACAGUUCCAGUUGGCCUUUUAAAAAAUACUUUAAUAAAGAUAAGUGACACAUGUUUAAAUUCCGAUCUCACACAUUAAACCAGUAGACAUCACACAACACAUCCCGCCUUCAUACUUUUGAAAUAAAAGUUCUUGGUUGCUGGUUAUUUAGUGUGACGCCUGCAGCUUUGUUUGGAUAUGUACAGAAUAUUUGUCAUACAGCUUAUUUUAUAAUGUGUGUUUAUGAAACCAUCUUUGUUGUCAUCUAGACGCUCAUAAUGCUGCAAUAACAUUUCCAUCAGAUUCUUUGUUAACCCCUUAAAACAACUGUCGUAAUAAAUUCAAAUUAAAAAAAAAA